AUGACAGCACAGCCACUGCCUUCAACAUCAAACCCCGAGGAGACGCAGGCUUCGAUACAUCAGGAGGUGCUUUCCCCCAGCAAUGAAAAGAGCGUCGUCACACCGUCGCAUCAUGACGACGACACUGACGUCGAAGCCACCACUUCUCAAGCAGGCAUGUCCUUCAAGACAGAACAGGAGCUCGGCGAGGCCGUCUUGAAAGCGCAGGGCGACGACGCACAGAUCUUCUUCCCCGAAGGCGGUUUCAAAGCGUGGCUCUGCGUCUUCGGUGGCUGGUGGUGCACCUUUAUCACCUUCGGCUACCUCAACGCCUACGGCAUCUUCCAGGACUACUACCAGCGCACCACGCUCUCGCACAAGUCGCCGAGUCAGAUCUCGUGGAUUGGCGCGUUCCAGUACUUUCUCAUGUUCGCUCCCGCCAUCUUUGCGGGUCGACUCUUCGAUCUUGGCUUCUUCCGACCACUCUUCGCAACAGGCUGCGCACUUCUUGUCUUCUCGCAGAUGAUGGUCAGUCUGUGCACCGAUUACUACCAGCUCUUCCUCGCUCAGGGUGUCGGGCUUGGGCUGGGUUUCGGACUCGUGUUCAACCUGGCCAUCAAUUGCCCCGCGCACUACUUCAACCGUCGCCGCGGGUUGGCGUUGGGCAUCGUAGCAUCCGGCUCGUCCACCGGUGGAAUCGUCUUUCCAAUUGCGGUCACCAGGCUGAUCAACGAGAUCGGAUACGCCUGGACGAUGCGGUUCGUCGGCUUCUUUGCCCUGGUUGCUGUCACAAUAGCGUGGUUCUCGCUCUCCACCCGGCUACCGCCCUCGAUCGACGUCACCGACAAGUCCAAAGGCGGCUGGAAGCAGGUCUCGUGGACCGAGUUCUCGGCGUUUCGCAACCCAGCAUACACGUUCUUCGUCAUUGGCGCGUCGUUCAUCAUGUUCGGCCUCUACUUUCCGCUGUCUUACAUGGACGUGUGGUCAUCGUCCAACCGCGUCCCAGCCAACGGCUAUUACUUGCCCAUCCUCAAUGCCGCCUCCUCGUUCGGCCGGAUCCUACCUGGUUUGGUAGCGGACAAAGUGGGUCGGAUCAACACAGUCCUACCGCACCUAGCCGCGUCCAGCAUUCUGCUGUUCAUCUUCCCACUUUGCACCAACCUCGGCGGGCUGGUGGUCUUUUCCAUCUUAUACGGCUUCACCUCGGGCUGCUACGUCUCGCUCAUCCCGGCGUGUAGCUCGCAGCUCGGCAGCACCAGCACCGUUGGCACGAGGAACGGCAUGAUGUUCUUCCUCAUGUCGUUCGGCGGGCUGUUCGGUCUGCCGAUUGCAGGCGCUAUCUUGGGCGAUGUGAGGAAUCCAAAUUGGUGGGGAGCAGUCGGGUAUUCAGGUGCGAUGGUGCUGAUUGGCACGGUUAGCAUCGGCGCUUCCAAGUGGUAUGCCGUUGGUGGCAGCAUUAGGGGGAAGAUCUAG